GACACACACGCGCGAUAAACAUCUCGCACCAAAUUCAACUCCAAAACUUCGACCCUGAGUUUGGGAGUACAUUUUUUUCUUUGUGCUUGAAAAAAAGAAGUACAAUUUUCUUGGGAAAAUCCUCCACAAAAAAGCGUUUGGAAACCGCUGGAAUCGAGACUGGGUCCCAUUCGCUGUCAGUUUCAGGAUGAUUCUGGGAGUUUCAGGUUGGAUAAUGCUGUGCCUUUUGGACCUGGCUUCUAGUGCAGAGCAGGGUUGUCCCAGUAAGCAACAGGUAUUAAGUGCCAUUCGCCAGAUGCAGAAACUGCUGUCUACUCAGGAAGCCCAGUACACACAAGGAAUUCGCAUGAUGAAGAGGAAGCUCAGCCUCCUGCAAAACACAAUGAACAAACAGACCUCCAAGCACAAUGAAACUUGUCCCAAACUCAAUGCUCCAAAUAACGGAAAGAAGUUUGGAAGCAGAUAUUUAGUUGGCCAUGAGGUACACUUUGCCUGCGAUCCUGGUUUUGUCUUAGUGGGAUCAAACACCAGGGUGUGCCUCAAAGAUAAGACGUGGAGUGGACAACUCCCUUUCUGCAAAAAUAUAAACGAGUGUGCCAGUAAUCCCUGUGUCAAUGGUGGAACCUGCGUGGAUGAUGUAAACCGAUAUGCCUGUCUCUGUCGAGCAGGCUGGGCUGGUUAUAAUUGCCACCUUACCUUAAACUCACAGUGGACUACAUCACAGAGUGACUCGUCCUUCAGUCACCAGCCACAUUGCACAGAAGUCCAGGGCUCUCAACAUUGCAGCUGCGAGUCAGGUUUCCGUCUCAGUGGGAAGGAUGUUAGACAGUGUCGAGAUGUGGAUGAGUGUGAGUUGUUUCAGACAGGCCGACUGGCUCGGCUCUGUGCACAUUCUUGUGUGAACAUGCCAGGUUCAUAUUAUUGCACAUGUCCCUCCGGAUAUAACUUGCAGGACGAUUCACGGACCUGUGAAGAUAUUAAUGAGUGCAUGAGCAAUCAGCACAACUGUACCAGGGAGGAGAUUUGUAUAAAUAUACACGGGGGAUUCCACUGUGUCCGCCCCGAGUGUCCAAAGUCUCGCCACAAUGCCAGCUAUGUAAAAACAUCACAAUUUAAAUGUGAGAGAAACCCCUGCCUAGUGGAAAACAAGUUGUGUGCAAACGCUGCAUACUCCAUUACUUUUCACUACCUGACCUUAACCUCCAACCUACGAACCCCAAGGGCCCUGUUCCGGAUGACCAGCAGCCGAUUUGUAGGCGAUACCAUGCGCUUCAGUAUUGUAGGGGGCAAUGGGCAGAACCAUUUCUCCAUCCAACGCUCAGACAGGCAAACAGGGGAAUUGGUGCUGGUGCAGCCUAUCCAGGGCCCUGCCACCUUGGAGGUUGAAAUGGAGAUGACGGAACUCUCUGGAAAAACAGUCCUGACGAAGCACGUCUCCAAGGUCAUCAUCUUUGUCUCACGAUACAACUUCUAGACAACUUCAGCUUCUGUUCACUCUUCCUGUUUUUUUUUCGAAACGUGCAAAGAUAAACUGUGUGUGUAACCAAUAGAGAGUUAAAGUGCUUUUAAAAAAUACUAGGAUACCAAGCUACACAACUAUACCAAAUGUGCUAUUGUCUUCUUAGGAGGAAGGGAAAAGAGUUUGGAGAACUGGAUAUUAGUAGAGGGGAGAGAGACAGUUAUAAUGAGAUUUUAAUACAGAUAGAACCAAACAUGUAUUAAGGAUCCUGCAUGUGUGAUAGGGCAAUACCUUCACCUCAUAAAGACGUCCUUCUCUUUGAUUAACAUUAGACUGAUACUAUAAUAUUGUUAAAGUGGGUGUGCUGUGGUUGAUCCAGUUACAGCCAGCAGUGCAAUAUGCUAAGGAGACAAAGAAUACAUAAUGAAAGGAAGUGAUGCAAUGUCACAAAUUUUGCUCCCUCUCGCAGCCCCAUGGCAAGAUGAAGCCACAGCAACAUGUUUCUUGAAUAUUGUUAAUGCUUUCCCUCCCUCAGCAAACUCUGAGUAUUCUUUAGCAGAUCAGUGAGACCAAAAAGAUUAAAUGGUGGCAAUUAGUGAAAGACAAAGUGUCAUAGUCUCCGCCAUUGCUGGAAGGUUUUGAGCAGGUCAUUGAAUCCAACUAAUAGAAGUAUGGCUGAAUUAGUGCUGAAGGUUUACCUGAUAUCACUCUGCAUUGGGUCUCACUGCAAAAUCAAAUAUUGGUGAUCUCAGUCCACUACUGAAUGCAAUGAAUGGCUGUGCAGAUGGUAACUUAGCCAGGCAAUGAAUUGACCAAGAGAAAACUAUAUAUGAGGAAGAAAUUAAAAGGAUUGCCUACUUCAAUCUGUAAAAGCUAUAAUUGAGCAAACUGAAUGUAAUAAGCGUACUCCAUGACAAUGGAAAAUAUCAAUAUUUUUAUCAAUGAUCUCGGCAGAAUUCUAGAGUACUGCAGCCUAACUAAUCAGAGAGAAAACGUUUGUUGGAGUCUUCGAUCUAGCAUUGGAUUAUCUCUUGCAGUUGAGGGCUGCCUUUACAUUAACAAAGGUAAUUUAGCCGAGUAGGCAAGCUGAGCGCAGAAAACAAAAUUAAUCAGUGAUUUGGGAUGUCAUAGAGUCCCAAUAGUUUGGAAACAGGCCAUUCAGGCCACCGAGUCCAUACAACUCUCUGAAAAGCAUCCCACCCCAUCCCUCUAACCCUGCAUUUUCCGUGGCUAAUCCACCUAACCUACACAUCUCUGGACACUAUGGACAAUUUCCCAUGGCCAAUCCAGCGAACUUGCACACCUUCGGAUUGUGAGAGGAAACCAGAGCACCUGAAGGAAACCCAUGCAGACACAGGAAGAACUUGCAAACUCCACACAGACAGUCACCUGAGGGUGGAAUUAAACGCUGCCAGAGCAAACUGUAUCCGAAAAAUGAUUGACUCAGUUAUAUAUGAAAAUGUAAAGCAGAGAGGUGGCUAUACAAAAGCAGAAGAGGCAGGAAUAGUGACCAUGAUCCACCAAAGAUUCUUGUAUGACAAGUCUCUUCUUGGCUGUGUGUCACAGCAAGAAGCUUGUGCCAAAUAAAACAAAGGAGAAUCCUUCAUAAGAUGACAAGAUCCAAGAAAUAAAGGAUGCUAAUGAGAAGGAAAUGCCAAUCCUCCUAUAAAUGUUGGAACCAGACAUGGGAGUGCUGCUAUCCUAGUGGAGGGAAACAAGAUAUGUUCUAAGUUAAACAGAUGCAGUAGGUUUAGUUCAUAUUGAUGGGGAAACAUGUUAGGAGAAAUGCUUCCUUGAGCCAUCAAGAAUAAAACUCCAUGGGCUGGGAGGUAUAGAACUCAGAGUAAUAGGACAAUUGAAUGCAACCCUUUAAUGUUGUGAGGGAAAUUUACAUGUGAUAUAAGGUUUCACAUAUCAGAAAGCUCAUGUGAUCCUAAACCAGAGUUGUCAACUCUAAAGCAGGAAAGUUUCUACUUCCUUGCAUCUGAUUUGCAGGAUCUUGGUAAGCCAAGAAAAUCAGCCUAAAAUCUUUGGAGUUAGAUUUCCAUAGCGGAUAGGAAAGCUGGAAGCAGUAGUCCACAUCAUGUCUUAAAAUUAAACCCUUGUCCUCAAUAAAUUCCACAUCCACUCUUGCGAAAGGGAAAGAAGUAAAUUGACUCUGUUAAAGCAAGGUGUUAUUUUACCUGUGACUGAGUUAACAAGCUAGAUGAAAGAUAUUCGGUUAAGCACGUGAAUAGGGAAGGUUUGGAGGGAUAAGGGACAAAAAGGCAAGUAGGACUAGUUUAGUUUGGAAACAUGGUCAGCAUGGACUGGUUGGACCAAAGGGUCUGUUUCUAUGCUGGAUGAUUCUAUGACUCCACAGUGCUUGAAAAUGGUAACCCAGUACCAAAACCUGACGGACCUAUCAGAAUCUGUAUACAUCCUACAGAAUGUUGCUUUGCUCAGUGAAAUGCAAAGUUCAUCCUUUGUCAGUGUUGUCAGCAAAGUUGGGAAAGAUUUCAAUUUUUGCAAAAGUAGAUACAAUUUUCGUAACUACCUUUUGAUACAGAGUGGAGGCAACUCACAAACCUUCAUGACAAUGUUUGGAAGGUUUUAUUCCAGCAGAUCACUUUUUGGCAUCACAUUGGUACUAGAAGUUGUCCAGAGGACACAAAUGACUGAACAUGAAUGCAUUUAGAUGGAUGGUGACCUGAUCCUUGGAACCACUCAAAUAGAAUAACAUACUAGACUUAGUACUGCAACACUAUAACAAGCAGGACUUGCACUCAAUAAGAUUAAAAUCCCUUAGCUGAUUGUCAAGUAAUUGGGCCAAACGCAGGAUGCAUCUGGUGUCAGACAUCAUCCAUAGAGACAAAGACAAUUGAGUUGCUAGCAUCUCAGAUUGUAAUUGAAUUUGAGAUAUUAGUGGGUGAUGCAAAAACAAAUUUGAAAGUUCUUGCCCAAUCUCAUGGACAUCAUUGCGAGGAUGUCUUUUGAGAUGGGGAUGUUUAUAGCCUAUAUUUUUUGUUGCAGUUACAGUCUCUCUACAGGACUGUAAGCUUUACUUUUUCAAAUAAAGAUUGAUGGAAAGCAUAGACCAAUUUAAUUUGCAAAGAGUAACAAGGGUUGAACAGAAAUAUACAGUGACAUUAGGUGUUAUAUGGGCUAUGAAAUGUUUGAAAAUUAUGUUCCACAUCUUCACAAUACAGACAGAACAUAGGAACAAGAGUAGGCCACUCAGCCUUUUGAGUCUGUUCUGCCAUUCAAUGAGAUCAUGGCUGAUCUAUGGCCUAACUCCAUAAGCACUGUAGUUGCCUUUGGCCCAUAACCAUUAAAACCAUUGCUUAACAAAACAAAAUCUAUCUCAGAUUUUAAAUUAACAACUCAUCCAACAUCCACUUGUAGAAGUAAGUUCAAGCAUCUCCCCUCCUUCAUUUAUAUGCAGCCACAAACUUUUAUAGGUGCUCUUAAAUUCUAAGGAGUUGACUAAAGUGCCUCCAAGUAUAAGCAUAAGAUUGAGGAUGGUGCCAUUUGAUGCAAAGAUGGUGUAUGUUUCAGGAAAGCAGUAGAUUACAGCAGAUACUUUGUCCUAUAUCCCUCUGGCAAGAUCUGAACAUGGAGCUGUUUUUGUUGAAGAAAUGGAAAUCUGUAGAUCAAUUUUUAAAAAAGCACACCGCUCCUCAAGCAAGAAUUCAGCGAUUGAAUGAAAACAGAGAUGUACAGAAAUUUGAAGAAUGUGCUUCUGUCAGUCAGUGCUGUGUCAAAUGAUGACCAGCACGCAUAUUGUGGGCAGCACAGAGGCACAGUGGUUAGCACUGCUGCCUCACAGCGCCAGAGACCUGGGUUCAAUUCCUGCCUCAGGUGACUAUCUGUGUGGAGUUUGCACAUUCUCCCUGUGUCUGCGUGGGUUUCCUCCCACAGUCCAAAAAUGUGCAGGUUAGGUGAAUUGGCCAUGCUAAAUUGCCUGGAGGGAUAAAUGUAGGGGAAUGGGUCUGGGUGGGUGCGCUUCGGCGGGUCGGUGUGGACUUGUUGGGCUGAAGGGCCUGUUUCUACACUGUAGGUAAUCUAAUUUAAUCUAAUUACACAACCCCAUUCUCAGACAGCACUGUGAUCAGAGAGAACGUCUCAGUAAAGUAGGUGAUUAAUACAUUUAUGAUGAAAAAUUGGCCAUUCUGAGAGUGCUGAGACACAAUAUAGAAACAUAGCAACAUAACAGAGGGAGUUGACCAUUCCAUCCCUCGAACCUACCCCACCAUUCUGGAUCAUGGCUGAUUAUCUAUCACAGCACCAUUUUCCCAUGCUGUCCAUAUAUCCCUUGAUGUCAUUAAGUAUUGAUUGUAUGCAAUGGUUGCUGCAAUAACAACUGGGUCUGUUUGGUGGAAGGACUCCCAGGAACAUUGGAAAUAAUUAUAUUAGGGUUUUAUCAGUGCUACUAAUCACCAAAAGAUACAAGAACCAUUGGUGUCAUCUUCAGUUCCAUCAAGAGCAUGGGAACAUCUUGGGAUGGAUCUCUUUCAAGACAGAGAUAAGAUGUUCUUGAUUGUAAUAAACCACAACUUCAGAUGGAUAGAAGUCAAGCAGUGAAUAUCUUCUCAACCUUUCCCCUUGUCUGAGGUGUGGUGACCCUCAGAGUAAACCAUCACUAUUGCCCUUUCGUUAAUGAGAGAGCAGCGUUAUGAUCCGGUAGCACUAUGGUGACUUUACCAUAAGUGUUUGUAACAGAUCUUUAUAACACGUAAACAAACUUUUUAAUCCCAGAUAAUGCUCCACAAUGAGUUCACAACAUCAUGCUGAUUCAUCUGCACUAUUAGCCAGCCAAAGCUGAAAUAGAAAUGUACAGUGAAAUCAUUGCUGAUCACCAAUGACGCAACCUAAUAUAAGAUACUUGAGAUACUGUUCUACACCAAUCCAGAAUCACCUAGCUCUACAUGGGGAGAAAACUUAGAACUGCAUUCUCGACACAUAUAACCUGAUGACUUAGAUAAGGCGAAGAAAGAAAAGAGAUUGAGCAUCAUUCCAGUCAGAUAUAAUAAUUGUCACAGUGUGCCCAACCUGCUAGACCUCCAAGCAAGAGAGCCAGUGUGAAUUUGACACUAUGCUUGCAAUGGACAAGAGGUGCAAGAGACACUACAUCCACGAUCUUCCCCCAUUCAAGCACAAUAGAGCAGGCAUGCUUUACUUUCUGAACAGGAGCAAUCUUCCACAGUCUAAGCAAUGGUCAAGAAAGACAAAUGAACUAGAGAUGCUGCAUUAAUUGAGAUAUCCAGAUGACAGCCUGCUUUCUGAAGUGGAGUUACCUCUCAAUUCUGCUUCUGCCGAAAUGAACUGGCACAUUCACACGUAAGAAAUGAACUCCGACUUGCCUCCAAAGGAGUUAAAAAUGUGUUCAGGUAGACCUAGCGAAAUGCGUUCAGGUAUACCUAGUGAAAUAUGUUCAGGUAAACCUAGCGAAAUGCAUUCAGGCAAACCUAGCAAAAUGUGUUCAGAUAAACCAGUGAAGUGUGCUGAGCUAGACCUAGUGAAACGUGUUCAGGUAAACCUAAUGAAGCCUGUUCAGGUAAACCUAGUGAAACAUAUUCAGGUAAACCUAGCGAAACAUGUUCAGGUGGACUUUGCGAAACAUAUCCAGGUAAACCUAGUGAAACGUGUUCAGGUAAACCUAGUGAAACAUGUUAAGAUAAACCUAGCGAAACAUAUUCAGGUAAACCUAGUGAAGCGUGUUAAGAUAAACCUAGCGAAACAUACUCAGGUAAACCUAGUGAAAUGUGUUCAGGUAAACCUAGUGAAACAUGUUCACAAACCCAUGUCAGUAUAGUGUACUGUUUCACAUUCAGAAUCGGGCUAAUGGAACGUUAGCGGUUACUUUAAAGGGGUUGGAGUAGGGAAGUCUUACUGCAAGUGUACAAGGUGCUGAUGAGAUGUCAUCUGGAGUCCUGUCAUUUGAGGCAGUUCAGAGAAGGAACGCUAAGAUGAUCCCUGGUCUGAGGGAUUGACUUAUGAGCAAAGACCAAACAGAGUGGGACUCUACUCAUUGGGGUUGAGAAGAAUGAGAGGUAAUCUCAUUGAAACAUAUAGAAUUCUUACAGGGCUUGACAAGGUAAAUGUUGAAUGGACGUUUCCCCUCAUGGGAGAGAUUAAGACCAGAGAGCAAAAUCUCAGAAGAAAAGGAGUGCCAGUUUAAGACUGAGAUGAGGAGGAAUUUCUUCUCAGUGAGGUUUGUGAGUCUUUGGAUCUUCUCGCCACAGAGAGCUGUGUGGUGGAGUCCUUAAAUUUGUCUAAGGCUGGUAGAUACUUGAUCAGUGAGGGAAUCAAGGGUUACGGGGAAAAUGCAGGAAAGUGGACAUGAGGAAUAUUGGAUCAGCAAUGAUCUCAUUGAAUGGUGGACAAGGCUAGAGGGGCUGAACAGACAGCUCCUUUUCCUAUUUCCUGUGGUCUGACAUAAAGGAGAGAGGAGGGAAAGGGGUAUGGGGAUAAUGUCUCUGCAAUAAUAUUCCAGAGGCACCAUGGCAACUCGAGGAACUUAAGUUAACCAGUCUGGAAUUAAAAGCUAGCCUCAGUGAUGGUGACUUUGAAACCAUUGUUAAUUAUUCAGUUCACCCUCUGAAAUUGCCCCUAGUUCAGCUCAAGGGAUGUCAGCGAAUGUUGGUGAUGUCAUUGAUACCUACAUACCAUGAAAGAAUAAAUUAAAUAAGUCUCUCUAGUGUAAACACACUGAACAGAGUUAGGUAAUUCUUGGGAGCAGGACAUUCAGUUUGUCUCAAAGAUGUAGUUGGUUAAAAUAGGAAAUGGAGAUUGUUUUGAAGGUUGACAAUGCCUGAAACUUUAUCCAAUGUCUAUGUUUGGUCCUUUUCUUGUAUGAACUAUUUCAUUUGUCAUCAUUAAUUGAGCAAGCAAUGUGAUUUAGGUACUGACAUCCUCAGUUCAUAUGGGAUCAGAAGAUAUAAAGAAAUUUAUGAAGAAAUUAAAGAUUUUUAAAUUAGAUAUUUUUAUACACAAUGUAUUUCUUACUUCAGUUUUGAACUUUAGCUUUUUUUUGGGACAUGAUUUGUCUUGAUGGAUUAUACUCAGUGACUG